UGCCUUGACACAAAUACUGUUGUAUGAACCAUGUGUCAAUCAAAGUAGACAACUGUAAAGCCCUUGAGAAUAUUUUCUACAAUAUUUGUGGCAAAUUCAGUGGGUUCAAAAUUGAGUUUGUCCUUUCUGCUUCAUUAGUUUAAGCUGUAUAAUUCCUUUCCCUUCCUACAUUCUUGUUUGUCAUUUUUUCGGGGGAAGAGGAGUUGCUAGUACUGGCAUUGGUUUUCCUUUCUCUCUCUCUUUUUUUUUUUUUUUUUUCCUGAGAUGGAGCUUUGCUGUUGUUGCCCAGGCUGUAGUGCAAUGGCACAAUCUCAGCUCACUGCCUUUUGGGUUCAAGCGAUUCUCCUGCCUCAGCCUCCCAAGUAGCUGGGAUUACAGGUGCCCACCACCACGCCCAGGUAAUUUUUGUAUUUUUACUAGAGAUGGGGUUUCACCAUGUUGUCCAGGCUGGUCUUGAACUUCUGACCUCAGGUAAUCCACCUGCCUCAGCCUCCCAAAGUGCUGGGAUUAGAGGCGUGAGCCACCACAGCCAGCCUUUUUUUUUUUUUUAAUUUUGAGAUAGAGUCUCGCUCUGUCACCCAGGCUGGAGUGCUAUGGUGCAAUCUUGGCUCACUGCAACCUCUGCCUCCCAGUUUGAAGCAAUUCUGCCUCAGCUUCCCGAGUAGCUUGGAUUACAGGUGUGUGCCACCACAUUUGGCCUUUUUUUUUUUUUUUUUUUUUUUUUUUUUGAGACAGAGUCUCACUCUGUCACCCAGGCUAGAGUGCAGUGGCAUGAUCUUGGCUUGCUGCAACCUCCACCUCCCAGGUUCAAGCGAUUCUUAUCCCUCAGCCUCUUGAGUAGCUGGGACUACAGGCAUAUGCCACCAUGCCCAGAUAAUUUUUGUAUUUUUAGUAGAGGCGGGGUUUCACCAUAUUGGCCAAGCUGGUCUAGAACUCCUGACAUCAUGAUCCGCACACCUCGGCCUCCCAAUGUGCUGGGAUUACAGGCAUGAGCCACCAUGCCCAGCCCAAUUUUUGUAAUUUUAGUAGAGACAGGAGUUCACCAUGUUGGCCAGGCUAGUCUUGAACUCCUGACCUCAGGUGAUCUGCCUACCUCAGCCUCCCAGUGUGAGCCACCACACCCAGACUGGAUUGUUGAAUUCAAUGCUUGGGUCACCUCCAGAUUCAUUUUCACAGUCUUUCAUGUUUUGGUCAUAUUACAUUGUGUUUUGCUGCCAUAUGACUGAUCUUUUUUUGUUAAAUGUGAGAUACUUGUUAAAAAAUAUUUAGCAAUGAAUUGAGGCCUAGUAGCAUGUUAUCUUGCUGCAGAAGAGAUGGGAGUCUACUUCUGGGGGAUGGUCAGGGGUCCUCCAUACAGGCUGCAAUUGAGGUCGCCGGUGCAGGCUCAGUCCCUACAAAGGCCAGGGUAUUUCCUGUCCACCUCUAUUCUGAUGCAUGACUCUUCUGGGUCUCAACCAGAGCCAGUGGACUUCAGUAUGGGUCGCUUUCAUUGGCAGACCCUCAAUCCACUUGUUUUCCUUCUAAUCCCACGCAUGUGUGCAAAAGCUGCUGUGCUUCUUUGCAUCUCAGUAGUUCCUUCUGGAAUUCAGCAAUGAAACUCAGGGAAAUGGGUUCCAAAUGCGAGGCUGACUUUCAUCCUGGGUUUCCUUCUUCUCCAUCUUCACCUCAUGUCUGUUUACUGCCAUGUUAGCAAUUUGAUGUAUUCAAUCAUGGGUUUUAUAUUCUGUUUGGUGUCCCCCAUUGUUCUCAUCGGAGAUCAGAAGCUUCAGAUGCACUUACGUCAACUCAAGAGUACAAUGCUUCCUUAGCUUCCCUCCAGAGUCAGGUUUUAUGUUUCUAGUUCCCAAGUGCACAGCGGGAGUAGUGAUGUCCUCACUGGCUUCUCAUUUGCAUUAAACUGUGAGCUUCUUUAGCGUGGGGACAGGACCCUGCUCCCAUUGCAUUCUCAGAACCUCACCACACACUCGUUGUUUGAGGCCACUCCAGACAGCAUGUGCUGAAGGAUGCCCUGUGGUCAGAAACAAGUUCAUUAACUUUCUCUUUGAAGUGUUUUCGUCCCUGUUUCCUAGCGUUCUGGGAAUUUUACACAACCUUCCUAUAAAACCAAGUAUCAGGUGAGAUCCUUAGGAUCAGGACCAUGAAUCAAGUGGUGUGAGGGCAACACAGCAAACUUACCCUUUUUAGGCCGUUUCCUUUUUCUGCCCUCAAUCUCUGUGAACUGAACCUUGUUAAAGUCAGUCAACACCAGGGUGGAUGGUUUGCCGUUGUCGCCUAUUUUCAGGACAUAACACCCUGACUUAGGAGCCAUUCCAAUCAUUUGUAAUUCAAUAGAUGCGCCCAGCCUUCAGAUUGCCUUUUCUCUCAACCAGGAUCUUUAAAGUCGAUGACAAGAGUUCCAGUCCUGAAUCAUGGCAAAGUGCAGUAGUGAACUGCGGGGUUAAUGACACCAUAUUCUGGAAGGAUCUCUCUUUGGCUGAUGGUCUCAGUUCCGGCAUCAGCCUCUGACUGAGAAUCAGGUCUCACACAGGAGGAGUCAGAUGAGGAGCAAUUCUCUGCUUCCGAUGGAGUUAGUUGUGAUGAAUUGGUGAGGUCUGGUUUUUCACACUGAACUAAAAUGAGCUUUCGCUGUGUCAAGCACAAGACUGACCCCAGAAACACACAUAGUGCACCUCAUAGAAGCUUUUAAUAGUCUUUAUAUUUACUAAAGAAUAGGACUAACUAUGGAACUAUGAAGAUGAGCUGGAAAUGACAGGUGACUUGCCAGCAGGCCAGAGUGUGACUUUUUUUUGUCCCUCAAUGGGAGGUGUCAAUUCUCCCUUUGGUUGUGAGAAUCAGUUGGUUCAUUUGUGGAAAGGUUGCAGGGGGGAUCUUUGAAUCACAGCCUUCAGAUGCCAGAAGGGCAGAGGGAAUCCCACACGGGCUGGUGGAUCAUGUGUGUGCAUUUCUCUCCCUUCUAAUCUGAGGAAACUAAGCAUGAAAGAAUGUGAGCAUGCAGAAAAGGAGAGGUAGGUAUCAGAGGCAGAGGAAAAUGGGAAAUUGGAUAUGAAAGAAAUACACACCUACAAAUCCCCCCUUCUGCAAGAAAGCCUCUUUGCAACUGGGUCAGAAUGGCGGCAGCGGAGCAUCGUCAUUCUUCAGGAUUGCCCCACUGGCCCUACCUCACAGCUGAAACUUUAAAAAACAGGAUGGGCCACCAGCCACCUCCUCCAACUCAACAACAUUCUAUAACUGAUAACUCCCUGAGCCUCAAGACACGUGCCGAAUGUCUGGUCUAUCCCCUUCCACCCUCAGCGGAUGAUAAUCUCACGACGCCUCCCGAGUGUUUCCUCACUCCUCUUCCACCCUCAGCUCCACCCUCAGCGGAUGAUAAUCUCAAGACACCUCCCUUAGCUACUCAGGAGGCUGAGGCAGAAAAACCACCCAAACCCGAGAGACAGAGGGCCGCUGACGUGGAACCACCACCGAAACCCGAGAGGCGGAGGGUCGCUGACGUGCAACCAUCACGGAAACCCGAGAGGCGGAGGGCCGCUGACGUGCAACCAUCACGGAAACCCGAGAGGCGGAGGACCACUGACGUGCAACCAUCACGGAAACCCGAGAGGCGGAGGGCCGCAGUGGAUAAGACACCUGCCGAGUUUCUGGUCUAUCCCCUUCCACCCUCAGCGGAUGAUAAUCUCGAAACGCCUCUCGAGUGUCUCCUCGCUCCUCUUCCACCCUCACGUCUAUCCCCGGCUCCACCCUCAGCGGAUAAGACACCUGCCGAGUUUCUGGUCUAUCCCCUUCCACCCUCAGCGGAUGAUAAUCUCGAAAUGCCUCUCGAGUGUCUCCUCACUCCACUUCCACCCUCACCUCCACCCUCAGCUCCACCCUCAGCGGAUGAUAAUCUCAAGACACCUCCCUUAGCUACUCAGGAGGCUGAGGCAGAAAAACCACCCAAACCCGAGAGAGAGAGGGCCGCUGACGUGGAACCACCACCGAAACCCGAGAGGCGGAGGGCCGCUGACGUGCAACCAUCACGGAAACCCGAGAGGCGGAGGGCCGCUGACGUGCAACCAUCACGGAAACCCGAGAGGCGGAGGACCACUGACGUGCAACCAUCACGGAAACCCGAGAGGCGGAGGGCCGCAGUGGAUAAGACACCUGCCGAGUUUCUGGUCUAUCCCCUUCCACCCUCAGCGGAUGAUAAUCUCGAAACGCCUCUCGAGUGUCUCCUCGCUCCUCUUCCACCCUCACGUCUAUCCCCGGCUCCACCCUCAGCGGAUGAUAAGACACCUGCCGAGUUUCUGGUCUAUCCCCUUCCACCCUCAGCGGAUGAUAAUCUCGAAAUGCCUCUCGAGUGUCUCCUCACUCCACUUCCACCCUCACCUCCACCCUCAGCUCCACCCUCAGCGGAUGAUAAUCUCAAGACACCUCCCUUAGCUACUCAGGAGGCUGAGGCAGAAAAACCACCCAAACCCGAGAGAGAGAGGGCCGCUGACGUGGAACCACCACCGAAACCCGAGAGGCGGAGGGCCGCUGACGUGCAACCAUCACGGAAACCCGAGAGGCGGAGGGCCGCUGACGUGCAACCAUCACGGAAACCCGAGAGGCGGAGGACCACUGACGUGCAACCAUCACGGAAACCCGAGAGGCGGAGGGCCGCAGUGGAUAAGACACCUGCCGAGUUUCUGGUCUAUCCCCUUCCACCCUCAGCGGAUGAUAAUCUCGAAACGCCUCUCGAGUGUCUCCUCGCUCCUCUUCCACCCUCACGUCUAUCCCCGGCUCCACCCUCAGCGGAUGAUAAGACACCUGCCGAGUUUCUGGUCUAUCCCCUUCCACCCUCAGCGGAUGAUAAUCUCGAAACGCCUCUCGAGUGUCUCCUCACUCCUCUUCCACCCUCACCUCCACCCUCAGCUCCACCCUCAGCGGAUGAUAAUCUCAAGACACCUCCCUUAGCUACUCAGGAGGCUGAGGCAGAAAAACCACCCAAACCCGAGAGAGAGAGGGCCGCAGACGUGGAACCACCACCGAAACCCGAGAGGCGGAGGGCCGCUGACGUGCAACCAUCACGGAAACCCGAGAGGCGGAGGGCCGCUGACGUGCAACCAUCAUGGAAACCCGAGAGGCGGAGGACCACUGACGUGCAACCAUCACGGAAACCCGAGAGGCGGAGGGCCGCAGUGGAUAAGACACCUGCCGAGUUUCUGGUCUAUCCACUUCCACCCUCAGCGGAUGAUAAUCUCGAAACGCCUCUCGAGUGUCUCCUCGCUCCUCUUCCACCCUCACGUCUAUCCCCAGCUCCACCCUCAGCGGAUGAUAAGACACCUGCCGAGUUUCUGGUCUAUCCCCUUCCACCCUCAGCGGAUGAUAAUCUCGAAACGCCUCUCGAGUGUCUCCUCACUCCUCUUCCACCCUCACCUCCACCCUCAGCUCCACCCUCAGCGGAUGAUAAUCUCAAGACACCUCCCUUAGCUACUCAGGAGGCUGAGGCAGAAAAACCACCCAAACCCGAGAGACAGAGGGCCGCUGACGUGGAACCACCACCGAAACCCGAGAGGCGGAGGGCCGCUGACGUGCAACCAUCACGGAAACCCGAGAGGCGGAGGGCCGCUGACGUGCAACCAUCAUGGAAACCCGAGAGGCGGAGGACCACUGACGUGCAACCAUCACGGAAACCCGAGAGGCGGAGGGCCGCAGUGGAUAAGACACCUGCCGAGUUUCUGGUCUAUCCACUUCCACCCUCAGCGGAUGAUAAUCUCGAAACGCCUCUCGAGUGUCUCCUCGCUCCUCUUCCACCCUCACGUCUAUCCCCAGCUCCACCCUCAGCGGAUGAUAAGACACCUGCCGAGUUUCUGGUCUAUCCCCUUCCACCCUCAGCGGAUGAUAAUCUCGAAACGCCUCUCGAGUGUCUCCUCACUCCUCUUCCACCCUCACCUCCACCCUCAGCUCCACCCUCAGCGGAUGAUAAUCUCAAGACACCUCCCUUAGCUACUCAGGAGGCUGAGGCAGAAAAACCACCCAAACCCGAGAGAGAGAGGGCCGCUGACGUGGAACCACCACCGAAACCCGAGAGGCGGAGGGCCGCUGACGUGCAACCAUCACGGAAACCCGAGAGGCGGAGGGCCGCUGACGUGCAACCAUCACGGAAACCCGAGAGGCGGAGGACCACUGACGUGCAACCAUCACGGAAACCCGAGAGGCGGAGGGCCGCAGUGGAUAAGACACCUGCCGAGUUUCUGGUCUAUCCCCUUCCACCCUCAGCGGAUGAUAAUCUCGAAACGCCUCUCGAGUGUCUCCUCACUCCUCUUCCACCCUCACCUCCAUCCUCAGCUCCACCCUCAGCGGAUGAUAAUCUCAAGACACCUCCCUUAGCUACUCAGGAGGCUGAGGCAGGAAAACCACCCAAACCCGAGAGAGAGAGGGCCGCUGACGUGGAACCACCACCGAAACCCGAGAGGCGGAGGGCCGCUGACGUGCAACCAGCACUGAAACCCGAGAGGCGGAGGGCCGCUGACGUGCAACCAUCACGGAAACCCGAGAGGCGGAGGGCCGCAGUGGAUAAGACACCUGCCGAGUUUCUGGUCUAUCCUCUUCCACCCUCAGCGGAUGAUAAUCUCAAAAUGCCUCUCGAGUGUCUCCUUACUCCUCUUCCACCCUCACCUCCAUCCUCAGCUCCACCCUCAGCGGAUGAUAAUCUCAAGACACCUCCCUUAGCUACUCAGGAGGCUGAGGCAGAAAAACCACCGAAACCCGAGAGGCGGAGGGCCACUGACGUGGAACCACCACUGAAACCCGAGACGCGAAGCGCCGCUGACGCGCAGCCAUCACGGAAACCCGAGAGGCGGAGGGCCGCUGACCUGGAAUCACCACCGAAACCCGAGAGGCGGAGCGCCGCUGACGCGCAGCCGUCGCUGAAACCCGAGAGGCGGAGCGCCGCUGACGUGCAGCCGUCGCCGAAACCUGAGAGGCGGAGGGCCGCUGACCUGGAAUCACCACCGAAACCCGAGAGGCGGAGGGCCGCUGACCUGGAAUCACCACCGAAACCUGAGAGGCGGAGGGCCGCUGACACGCAACCAUCACCGAAACCCGAGAGGCGGAGGGCCGCUGACCUGGAAUCACCACCGAGACCCGAGAGGCGGAGCGCCGCUGACCUGGAAUCACCACCGAAACCUGAGAGGCGGAGGGCCGCUGACGUGCAACCAUCACUGAAACCCGAGAGGCGGAGCGUCGCUGACGCGCAGCCGUCGCCGAAACCUGAGAGGCGGAGGGCCACUGACCUGGAAUCACCACCGAAACUCGAGAGGCGGAGCGCCGCUGACGCGCAGCCGUCGCCGAAACCUGAGAGGCGGAGGGCCACUGACCUGGAAUCACCACCGAAACUCGAGAGGCGGAGCGCCGCUGAUGCGCAGCCGUCGCCGAAACCUGACAGGCGGAGGGCCACUGACGUGGAAUCACCACCGAAACUCGAGAGGCGGAGCGCCGCUGACGCGCAACCAUCACCGAAACCCGAGAGGCAGAGCGCCGCUGAUGCGCAGCCGUCGCCGAAACCUGAGAGGCGGAGGGCCGCUGACCUGGAAUCACCACCGAAACCCGAGAGGCGGAGGGCCGCUGACCUGGAAUCAGCACCGAAACCCGAGAGGCGGAGGGCCGCUGACGCGCAACCAUCACCGAAACCUGAGAGGCGGAGGGCCGCUGACGCGCAACCAUCACCGAAACCCGAGAGGCGGAGCGCCGCUGACGCGCAGCCAUCACCGAAACCUGAGAGGCGGAGGGCCGCUGACGCGCAGCCAUCACCGAAACCCGAGAGGCGGAGCGCCGCUGACGCGCAGCCAUCACCGAAACCCGAGAGGCGGAGGGCCGCUGACGCGCAGCCGUCGCCGAAACCCGAGAGGCGGAGCGCCGCUGACGCGGAACCAUCAUCACCCGAACCCAAGAGGCGGAGGGUCGCUGACGAACCGCCAUGCAAACCCCCACGCAAACCCAAGAGGCGGAGGGCCGCUGACAGGGAACGGCCACGCAAACCCCCACGCAAACCCAAGAGGUGGAGCGCCGCUGAGGCGCAGCCGUCGCCGAAACCUGAGAGGCGGAGCGCCACUGACGCGGAACCUCCACGCAAGCUCAAGAGGCGGAGGGCCGCUGACCGGAAACCAUCAUCACCCGAACCCAAGAGGCGGAGGGUCGCUGACGUGGAACCGCCACACAAACCCAAGAGGCGCAGGGUCGCUGACGUGAGACGGCCACGCAAACCCCCACGCAAACCCAAGAGGUGGAGCGCCGCUAAGGCGCAGCCGUCGCCGAAACCCGAGGGGCGGAGCGCCGCUGAGGCGCAGCCGUCGCCGAAACCCGAGGGGCGGAGCGCCGCUGACGCGCAGCCGUCGCCGAAACCCGAGGGGCGGAGCGCCGCUGACGCGCAGCCGUCGCCGAAACCCGAGGGGCGGAGCGCCGCUGACGCGCAGCCGUCGCCGAAACCCGAGGGGCGGAGCGCCGCUGACGCGCAGCCGUCGCCGAAACCCGAGGGGCGGAGCGCCGCUGACGCGCAGCCGUCGCCGAAACCCGAGGGGCGGAGCGCCGCUGACUCGCAGCCGUCGCCGAAACCCGAGAGGCGGAGCGCCGCUGACCUGGAAUCACCACCGCAACCCGAGAGGCGGAGCACCGCUGACGCGCAAGCAUCACCGAAAUCCGAGAGGCGGAGCGCCGCUGAGGCGCAGCCGUCGCCGAAACCCGAGAGGCGGAGCGCCGCUGACACGCAGCCAUCACCGAAACCUGAGAGGCGGAGCGUCGCUGACCUGGAAUCACCACCGAAACCCGAGAGGCGGAGCGCCGCUGACCUGGAAUCACCACCGAAACCCGAGAGGCGGAGCGCCGCUGAGGCGCAGCCGUCGCCGAAACCCGAGAGGCGGAGCGCCGCUGACACGCAGCCAUCACCGAAACCCGAGAGGCGGAGCGUCGCUGACACGCAGCCAUCACCGAAACCUGAGAGGCGGAGCGCCGCUGACACGCAGCCAUCACCGAAACCUGAGAGGCGGAGCGCCGCUGACCUGGAAUCACCACCGAAACCCGAGAGGCGGAGCGCCGCUGAGGCGCAGCCGUCGCCGAAACCCGAGAGGCGGAGCGCCGCUGACACGCAGCCAUCACCGAAACCCGAGAGGCGGAGCGUCGCUGACACGCAGCCAUCACCGAAACCUGAGAGGCGGAGCGUCGCUGACACGCAGCCAUCACCGAAACCCGAGAGGCGGAGCGUCGCUGACCUGGAAUCACCACCGAAACCCGAGAGGCGGAGCGCCGCUGAGGCGCAGCCGUCACCGAAACCCGAGAGGCGGAGCGCCGCUGACCCGCAGCCAUCACCGAAACCUGAGAGGCGGAGCGUCGCUGACACGCAGCCAUCACCGAAACCUGAGAGGCGGAGCGUCGCUGACCUGGAAUCACCACCGAAACCCGAGAGGCGGAGCGCCGCUGACCUGGAAUCACCACCGAAACCCGAGAGGCGGAGCGCCGCUGAGGCGCAGCCGUCGCCGAAACCCGAGAGGCGGAGCGCCGCUGACACGCAGCCAUCAUCGAAACCCGAGAGGCGGAGCGUCGCUGACACGCAGCCAUCACCGAAACCCGAGAGGCGGAGCGCCGCUGACACGCAGCCAUCACCGAAACCUGAGAGGCGGAGCGUCGCUGACACGCAGCCAUCACCGAAACCUGAGAGGCGGAGCGUCGCUGACACGCAGCCAUCACCGAAACCCGAGAGGCGGAGCGUCGCUGACCUGGAAUCACCACCGAAACCCGAGAGGCGGAGCGCCGCUGAGGCGCAGCCGUCGCCGAAACCCGAGAGGCGGAGCGCCGCUGACACGCAGCCAUCACCGAAACCUGAGAGGCGGAGCGUCGCUGACACGCAGCCAUCACCGAAACCUGAGAGGCGGAGCGUCGCUGACCUGGAAUCACCACCGAAACCCGAGAGGCGGAGCGCCGCUGAGGCGCAGCUGUCGCCGAAACCCGAGAGGCGGAGCGCCGCUGACUCGCAGCCGUCGCCGAAACCCAAGAGGCGGAGCGCCGCUGACACGCAGCCAUCAUCGAAACCCGAGAGGCGGAGCGCCGCUGACGCGCAGCCGUUGCCGAAACCCGAGAGGCAGAGCGCCGCUGAUGCGCAGCCGUCGCCGAAACCCGAGAGGCAGAGCGCCGCUGCUGACACGCAGCCGUCGCCGAAACCCGAGAGGCGGAGCGCCGCUGACGCGCAGCCGUCGCCGAAACCCGAGAGGCGGAGUGCCGCUGAACUGGAAUCACCACCGGAACCCGAGAGGCGGAGCGCCGCUGACGCGCAGCCGUCGCCGAAACCCGAGAGGCGGAGCGCCGCUGACGCGCAGCCGUCGCCGAAACCCGAGAGGCGGAGCGCCGCUGAUGCGCAGCCGUCGCCGAAACCCGAGAGGCGGAGCGCCGCUGACGCGGAACCGCCUCGCAAACGCAAGAGGCGGAGGGCAGCGGACAUUGAACUAUCAUCACCCGAACCCAAGAGGCGGAGGAUCGGUGACGUGGAACGGCCACGCAAACCCAAGAGGCCGAGGGCCGCCGACGUGGAACCAUCAUUACCCGAACCCAAGAGGCGGAGGGUCGGUGACGUGGAACUGCCACGCAAACGCAAGAGGCCGCAGGCCGCCGACGUGGAACCAUCAUUACCCGAACCCAAGAGGCGGAGGUUGAAUUAGGUGAGAACAGGCCAUUGCACUCAAGCCUGAGCAAUAAGAAUAAAACUGAGUAGAACAAAAUAAAAAAAUCAAAAAACAAAACAAAACCCACACUCCAAAAACAAAGAAUAAAUAAAUAAUAUAAAAAUAAAAUAAAUACUGCAGUCCUUA